AGAUGAGCUCUGCCCCUGAAAGACGGCCUGUAACAACAUGGGGUAAAGUACAUCAUUGAGUUUUUAUUGUUCACGGGGGCGUCAUUUCUGGUCUUUGAAUGUCCGUGAAAAGGUGGGUGUUUAUGUUGCUGCAGUCCGGUCACUAUCACAAGGAAAUAGUGUAGUUAUAAAGUAGUGUUUAUUGCAGGUAUUCGUGUAGCAGUUCAUUCACCAUCACAAAGAAAUGGUACACUUAUAAAGUAGUGUUUAGUGCAGGGAUUCAUGUAGCAGUUCAUUCACGAACACAAAGAAAUAGUGCAGUUAUAAAGUAGUGGUUAGUGCAGGGAUUCAUGUAGCAGUUCAUUCACCAUCACAAAGAAAUAGUGCAGUUAUAAAGUAGUGUUUAGUGCAGGGAUUCAUGUAGCAGUUCAUUCACCAACACAAAGAAAUAGUGCAGUUAUAAAGUAGUGGUUAGUGCAGGGAUUCAUGUAGCAGUUCAUUCACCAUCACAAAGAAAUAGUGCAGUUAUAAAGUAGUGUUUAGUGCAGGGAUUCAUGUAGCAGUUCAUUCACCAACACAAAGAAAUAGUGCAGUUAUAAAGUAGUGUUUAGUGCAGGGAUUCAUGUAGCAGUUCAUUCACCAACACAAAGAAAUAGUGCAGUUAUAAAGUAGUGGUUAGUGCAGGGAUUCAUGUAGCAGUUCAUUCACCAUCACAAAGAAAUAGUGCAGUUAUAAAGUAGUGUUUAGUGCAGGGAUUCAUGUAGCAGUUCAUUCACCAACACAAAGAAAUAGUGCAGUUAUAAAGUAGUGUUGAGUGCAGGGUUUCAUGUUGCAGUUCAUCCACCAACACAAAGAAAUAGUGCAGUUAUAAAGUAGUGUUUAGUGCAGGGAUUCAUGUAGCUGUUCAUUCACCAUCACAAAGGAAUAGUGCAGUUAUAAAGCAUCUUUUGUAUGUAUUAAAUGUAGACCAUGUGAGUGUUUAUAUGUAUGAGAUGUAGAGUAUGAGAGUGUGUGUAUGAAUGAAAUGUAGUGCAUGUGUUUAUAUGUAUGAAAUAUAUAUCAUGUGAGUGUUUGUUUGUAUGAGAUGUAGAGACCGUGAGUGUUUGUAUGAAUGAGAUGUCGAGCAUUUGAGUGUUUGUAUGUAUGAAAUAUAGAACACGAGUGUUUUUAUGUAUGACAUGUAGACAAUAUGAGUGUCUGUAUGUAUGAAUUGUAGAGCAUGUGAGUGUUUGUAUGUAUGAAAUGUAUAGCAUGUGAGUGUUUGUAUGGAUGAGAUGUAGAGGCAGUGAUUGUGUCAAAAAUGGAGGAACCGUCUGAGCGGCAUUCCAGGAGCAAGGGAAAACAAUGCUCUGUUAUUUUCCACACUCUUAGUUCAAAACCGUUUGAUGAACAAUGCUCCAUGAUUGGUCCGGGGACUCUCGAAUCAUGGGACACUUAGCUAGCCGUGUGGUGUGCAUAAGAUUAUAGUGAGUGUUAGAGGAUAGAAAUUCUAUUUAAAAUAUUCACGUAUCAUUUCUUAAAAAGAAUAUUCUAUAUAUGCAUGUCUGAACACAUGCAUGUCACUGCACCAUCUCUUAUGUAUAUUUGGCUUCUGGUGCGCCCUGCUUCCUCUUCGAAACCGACCCCUCCCCAACUCCCCAUGUUUUAUAAAGUGUCCUCGUUUAUAGCCAUUUUAAUUGUUUCUAUAGUAUAGUAGUUACUAUCCUAAUGUCUCAUUUUUAUUUUAGUUAGUUUACAUGUUUUUAAUAAUUGUAAAGCGCUUAGAGCUUUAAGGUAAGCGCUAUAUAAAAAUGCCUAAAUAAAUAAAUAUAAAUAGUACUGAGUGAAAAAGAGGCUGCCACGCUGAGAGCGUCAUGCGUGGCGGUUGAAUUUCGGUAAAUAUGUUGAUUUUGUUCUUUAGGUGAAGGCAACUAUUAUAUUAUUUAUUAAAAAGCCACUUGUAUGGCACAGGGCUGUCUUUACGAUUAUUGUUUCAAUGCCAGCAGGCAGGCUUGUCAGUAGGCCUAUUUUUAAGGCCGGGAUAUAAAACAUAUUAUAGAAAAUGAGAAGUUAACUCUUUUUUUCGUAACACCUGGACCUACAGGACGCCUGGACCAACUGGACGCCUGGACCAACUGGACGCCUGGACUAACUGGACGCCUAGACCAACUGGACGCCUGGACCAACUGGCGCCUGGACCUGGACCAACUGACACCUGAACCAACUGGACACCUGAACCAACUGGACGCCUGGACCAACUGGACGCCUGGACCACCUGGACGCCUGGACCAACUGGACGCCUCAACCAACUUACGCGUGGACCUGGACCAACUGGACACCUGAAAUAACUGGACACCUGAACCAACUGGACGCCUGGACCAACUGGAUGCCUGUACCAACUGGACGCCUGGACCAACUGGACACCUGAACCUACUGGACGGUGUAAAAAAAAAAAGCUGCACCCGGUUAAGCCCUUGUAUAAAUUAUUGUUAUCAUUAAGUUUCUUUUUUUCUUUCAUUAGGACUUCAGUACCAGGGAUAAGGCCAUGAAAUGAAUAAUUAAUUCGAGGUAAACAAUUCUUAUAAUGGAGAGUGCGCCAUCGUUAUCACGUCCUCAAGAACCAAGACUCAGGGCAGUCUUUGUGCAGCCCAGUGGUUACCCCCCUUCGCUUGGCCUACUGGCACCAGCAGACAGCGAUCAGAAGAGCAGCAUUUUUGAUUACCUCACGAACAAGAGCAACAAGCAGGACUCAUCAAGGGAGAGUAAAAUGGACGUCUGCUCGGACAAACCUAAAGGGCGAGCAGCAGCUGAUUCGGUCAGUGAUAAUGAGACAUUUAUCUGACUUACAUUAUACAUUUAUCUUGAGAUUUAAGAUAUGUAUCAUUGUUGAGGUAUCUUAAGUAAGAAAUGUAUAUUUGUUCAGAAAUCAAUGGAUGCGUAAUCUCUCAUAUAUUUUGCUUCUGGUGUGUCCUGCUUCCUUUUCACAGCGUGUUUUAUAUUCAUAUGAUUUGGGGGGGGGGGGGGGAACCCCAUGCAGUUUAACUAGGGGAAAAAGGAUUUUUUUUUUUUUUACGGGGUGGUGACUAUCAUAUGAAUCGAUAAAGAGCCACAUGUAUGGUGUAGGACUGUCUGUUGGACUAUUUUUUAAGGCCGGCAGGUAUGGUGUAGGACUGUCCCUAAGACUACUGUUUAAAGGCCAGCAGGUAGGGUUUAAGAUUGUCCUUAAGACUAUUGUUUUAAGCCUGGCAGGUAGAGUGUAAAACUAUAGGCCUACUGUUUAUGGAAGUGAAGUGAAUAUUUAUAUAGCGCUUGUAUCCAUGCUACUUUAGCAUGCUCAUAGCGCUCUGAUGUUCUUAAAUCUAUUUCAAUAAAAAAAAUUCUUUAAAUGUUUGUUAAAUGAUUUUUUUAUCAUUUUCAAUUUCCUUCAAAGAUUGGGACAAACUGUUCCAUAAUUUUGGCGCUAUCGCUUCAAAAGAGCGCACUCUGUAAGACUUUUUUCUGUGUCCAUCCACACUGGGAACUCUCAGUAAGGACUGUGUUGAAGACAGCUGAUUCUUUAAGGAUAUGUGUUUAUAAAUCAGUUCUUUAAGAUAUUCCGGUGUAGGACUCUCAGUAGGCCUAUUGUUUAAUGGCUGGCAACUAGGGCGUAGGGCUGUCUGUAGGCCUACUGUUUAAUGGCCGGCAAUAGGGCGUAGGGCUGUCUGUAGGCCUAUUGUUUAAUGGCCGGCAACUAGGGCAUAGGGCUGUCUGAAGGCCUACUGUUUCAUGGCCGGCAACUAGGGCGUAGGGCUGUCUGUAGGCCUACUGUUAAUGGCCGGAAGUUAGGGCGUAGGGCUGUCUGUAGGCCUACUGUUUAAUGGCCGUCAAAUAGAGUGUAGGACUCUCUGUAGGCCUACUGUUUAAUGGCCGGCAACUAGGGCGUAGGGCUGUCUGUAGGCCUACUGUUUAAUGGCCGGCAGUUAGGGUGUAGGGCUGUCUGCAGGCCUACUGUUUAAUGGACGGUAGGGUAAUGACGGAUUGUUUAAAGGUUGGCAUAUGUUAGUUAUGAAGCCCAGUCCAAUAGGUCAUAUAUAUCAAGCUAAAUAUGAAGCAUCAAGCUAAAUAUGAAGUCCAUUCCAAUAGGUCAUAGAUGGCAAGAUAAAUAUGAAGUCCAGCCCAAUAGGUCAUGGAAGGCAAGAUAAAUAUGAAGUCCAGCCCAAUAGGUCAUAGAUGGCAAGAUAAAUAUGAAGUCCAGCCCAAUAGGUCAUGGAAGGCAAGAUAAAUAUCAAUUAUCAAUGUUCAAGGAUACACUUUCCCUGAAACUUUUUGUUUUUUAUUUAAAAUAUCUAAAAAAAUCAGUCAUUCUCUAUACAUAAAGGGAAUAAUCCUUGAAUUAUAUUUUACAGGUAACAAUUUGCCACGAAAACACCUAUCAACUCAGUCCAAAAAACACCUUUCAGUCGUCUCAUGCUCAGAAGGUAGCCCAGGUAGUUGUCAACAGGUGGAUCCACAAAGGUAAGGCUGCUGGUUCAAAUGUUAAUGCAUAUUAAAAUCCUCCAGUCAGUCGAUCUCAGCCAGGACACUUGUUUUGAUAACUUAAGAGUAUGACAUUAACACUAGACAACUCACAUAAUUACUGUGUUUUAAUACUGUCUGAUUAUUUUCUUGCGCAUUAGUAGGCCUACUAAUUAAUUGGUCAGGUUCAGUGUUACGCACUGACUUGUAUUGGGAGAAAUUAAUCUCCUAUUUUAAUUUUAAUUGGCUCGUUUUAAGCAGUGCCUAACAAAGGACGAUACCAUAGAAUCAACAAUAUUAAGGAUACGACCCAAAACAGUUUCUAGUUACAAUUAAUUAAGAUUUAUUAUGUCUUAAGAUAAUGACAAAAGAAAAGAAAAAUAUAAUUACAAUCUUCAACUUACAGUAUGGUAGAUCUCGUACCGGUACACAGUUAAUACAAUUAGAAUAAUGUGCCGAUAAAUAAUGCGAAAUAACCACAUAUGAGCACACAAAUACACAAAGAAUAAAACACGCCUCGUAAUGUUAAGAAAAUUUAUCUGAAAUCUCCCUCUCUCUCGUCGUGCCUGUCAAUCCCUUAUAUAGGUGGGUCUACCGACGCCUAAGCCCCGCCUUCUACAAGCUACAUGACAUUUCGAGAAAAAUCCCGAUCAUUCUACCAAAUACUAUUUGGAACAGAUUAAUUAUUUUUAUUCGUUGGCGGCGUAAACAAGAAUACAUCAAAGACCUAAGCCACACCCCUUUGUGAACACAGCGUCUCAUGCGGGGUCAAUCAGAGGGCACGCACGAGAAAUAUUAUGUAAACAAGCUCUCUAUAACAUUCAGUUUUAGCUGUGUUGAUUUAGUUGUUUUUUAAAAUAUUAAUUUCAUAAUUUUGGGGGAUAGGAUAAUCUGCACCCUUUGACCUAUGUGAUGUGUUGUUGUUUUUGUUUUGUUUUGUUUGUUUGUUGUUUUUUUUUAAGGGGGGAGGCAUCAUUACAUCUUAUCAUAUUGGUGCCCUAGUGCCUUGUAUUGGUGCCCUAGUGCCUUGUAUUGGUGCCCUAGUGCCUUGUAUUGGUGCCCUAGUGCCUUGUAUUGGUGCCCUAGUGCCUUGUAUUGGUGCCCUAGUGCCUUGUACAAACUUUAUUUUACAUUUAUAUAUUGCGCCAUCUUUUUGGUCGCUGGUUGCUUCCCUUUGCUCGUGAUAGGUUGCCAAGUUUAAAUCAAUAAAAAUCUCAUGUAUGCCAGUUUGCCCAUUUGAGUGAAGAUUUGGUGCGUGUGUGUUUAAUGCGUGUAUGUUCGUCAAAUGUGUUUGUGUGCAACAAUUUUAGUAUGCACAAAGGCGUUUUUUAUAUUUUGAUAAAUGAGACUAUAUUUCAAUUCAAACAGUGUGUGUGUGUAUAUAAUAGAGUACAAAGAAUCUCGAGAUAGUCACACACAAGUCUCAUAUUAACAAUGUUUUCUCUUCUCUAAGACACACGUUAUGACAAGGUUUGGGCAAAGACAACGGCCAAGGGAGUUGCAGGUGAAAUCGAAAUACAGAUGAAACAACUUGAAUACGACAGGUAACUCGUGUAGAGUUGUAAGACGAAAGUCUAACCAAUGAAUAGUUAGGAUAGUAAGACACAAUGACCACUACCUGGCAUAGUAUUGUGCUGGCGGCUGUAGAUAGAGAGGGGUAAUAAGGGGAGAGACUGCAAUCAGGUUAGUACAAAAUAAAAUGAGUAAAACAGAGUAGGGUUAAACCUACUCUGUUUUACUCAUUUUAGUUUGUAGAUAGAGAGACACGGUGCCAACUACCAGGCUUAAUUCAUAAUAGAAUGUGUUAUGAAAGCUGCCAUUGGGGGCGGGGGCAUGUUACCAAAAUAAAACAAGGAUUACGACAGGGAUAAGAAAUAGGAUAGUGAUGACUAUUUAAAAAAAAAAAAAGAAUUCAGUUUUGAAAUUUGUUUGCUUUAAUGAAAUUUCACAUUAUUUAGAUGAAGGCGAUGGUAUUUUUAGGAGAAGAGCAGUCUGCAAAAUCUUCUAAGACAGUGCCCCUGAUCUUCUCACAAGGUUCAAAUAAGAAAGGGAAGCAAAUAAGGAAUAAUACAAGCGUUACCCCCCUCCCCCAUCACCUCUGUACAGUUUUAAACAAGUAAUACUUGGUUGAGUGGGUCAUGUGGCACUAGACACAUGGCACGGAUUGAAGUCAAUUGAAGGUGGUUAGCAGAUAGAAUUCUAAAGGACAAUUCUACUGAUCAAUUGAUUAGAGAUUUAUUGAUAAUGUGGAAAGAUUUACGACAGUUAAAAAUCAUAUGAGAAAAGCAUGCGCACGUUGUAGUAAGAUAGGAUGACCAAAUCAUGAACUGGAGAAACGGGACACUUUCAUUAACGGUUUUGGUAGUUGUGUGGGGGGCGGGGCGGAGGAGACCCUCCAGCUAAAGAGGGGUCCGGAAUCUUCACCAGAAACUGUUUAUUGAAAUAUGCUCAUUUUAGCUAUGAAAUCUAACCUAGAAAUCUACUUGGGGCACUUAGUCUUUUCCUCUGUCAUAAGUUUCACUGAUGUGAUGUGUUGUUUGAUGUCUGAACGUCCACCAUGACCAAUGCUAAAAAGGUUAUUGCAAACAGUGCACUCGGCUUCACUGUCAUAGGGGUCAUCCAUAAAAGACGUCCACACAAAAGGGGGGAGUGGGGGUUCAGCAAAAAGUGGACUAAAGUGGACAAAGGGGGGAGGGGGUUAAGGACAAAGUGGAUGUCCACAUUGUAGUGUGUUUUUUUGAGUGCAGCAGUUUUGCAUAAAUGUACAGCAAGAAACCUUCUAGUUUAAUGACACAAGAGUUGGGAUGCAAACCCAAACAAUUUUCACAAAGUGAGUGGUUAAAUUUAGAAACAAUUUUUUUUCAAUAUUAAUAAUAAAUAGGCUUGAAUAUUAUUUUAAAAAUAUGUUGUCAAAGUUUGAUUUUUCAAAUACAAUAAAAUCUCAAAUAACAGUUUUGCAUGCCUUUUGAUCUCUAUUGUCCAUCGGUGGCUGGGAGAAUUUCCAAGAAAAUAUGUUUCUGCGGUAAAUAUUUCCCAUCACAGGCGGCAAUGAAAAAACAUAACGUCGUUCAUUGCAAUAUUCCUGCUAGUGAACAUAAUAUGGCAGACGAAUCAGACGAAGAGAUUGCCACUCAAAUUGAAUUAGCAAUUGAAGACUCAAGAACAGAUUUUGUCAUUAUACGAAACAUGUUUGAAUGGCUGCAGUCCGAAUUUUCCGUUGAAUGAAGAAUGGUGGAUUAUUUGUUUAUUACAUUUUUUAAUACAGUGAUUCAAUAAAAUGUUUUUGAACAGUUAUUAUUACAUUUAGAAUUUUGCCUGCAAAUAAUUGGAAUGUCUAAAAAAAAAUCUUUGUAAAUACAUACUCUUUAUAUUGUUUACAUUUUCCCAAAAUAUUCAUUAAUUUAAGUUCGGUAAAUUUUAUGUUUUGGACGUCCACAUCUGGGGGGGGGGGGCGGCAAGUCAAAAGUGGCCAAAGGGGAGGGGGGGUAAAAAUAGCAAAACAUGGGUGGAUUAUAUUGUUUACAUUUUCCCAAAAUAUUCAUUAAUUUAAGUUCGGUAAAUUUUAUGUUUUGGACGUCCACAUCUGGGGGGGGGGGGCGGCAAGUCAAAAGUGGACAAAGGGGGGGGGGGGUAAAAAUAGCAAAACAUUGGUGGACGUCUUUUAUGGAUGGCCCCAUAGCGUAAAAGUUACGCUCCGUCCCCCCUGGCUUCAAGUCUCGUGUCUUUCGUUCUACAUUGACAUAUAAGAUCUAUGGCAGGGACACUGUGGUGCAGGAGGAACAAUGCAGCCAUCACGCGUGCCCACAUCCCUACUGGCACUGGCUACUCAGCUAGUAAAAAAUAUUUCUGGAAGUUAUUUUAUAAAUUAGGAAGUUUUAGUGAUUUGAAAAUGUGUUUGGUUUAAAAAACGGGACUUAUAGGCGUCCCGAGAGACUUUUUCGGGACAACUGGUACUAUCGUGAAAAAACGGGACAAUCCCGUUUUUACGGGACGUUUGGUCACCCUAUAGUAAGAUGUUGUAAGGAAAAACUAGUAAAACAUCCAUUGUUCCAAUUAUUUUUCAAUCCAUUUGAUCAUGACUUCAUGUUCUCAGUAUUCUCAACAGAUCAAAUAGCUACAAGAUGAGGUGGCGAGUUUAAUAACCACUUCAUUAACCCUAUCAUUACUAUUAAUUUACACCUAUCGUUUCAUCACAUGAUAAAUUUUGCCUACUGGAGUUUGAUGCAAUGACCUGUGUCUAUGAGUAUUUUAAUGGAAUUUUCUUAGUGGCUACAUAUUUGUAUGAGGUGGUUGGCUCCAUCACUCAAAACUACUACUAGCUGUCGACAUUUUAAAUCAUGAAUGAAACAAAGACACCAAGUGGACAAAACAAAGAUAGAAUCCUAACUUCCCUUAAACUUGGAUACAUUCAGACACUAUUUAUAAAUUCUUUCUUUACCAUAGAAACUUAAAUCUUAUGUCGAUACAUUCUUUCUUUACCAUAAAAACUUAAGUCUCAUGUUGAUACAUUCUUUCUUGACCAUAGAAACUUAAGUCUUAUGUUGAUAAAUUCUUUCUUUACCUAGAAGAUUUUUGCUCUUGUAGUUGUAAUAGUUGUAUGCAUAAUUAUUCCAAUGUCUUAUUUCAGAUACAAGUUUGUUGUACAAGUUUUCAUUGGACAAAAGAACAGGCAAGGGGUGAAAUGUUGCAGCAGAUUUCUGUCCUCAGCCGACACAGACAGUUUCUCAGAAUACAGAUUUGAGAAUGAAACACUGUGGUGUGUUGUGCUAGUAUUUGCCUUGUAUUUUGAAUGACCCGUGCCCAGUUAGUAAUAAACAGGUAGGGGCAAUCUAGCUUUCAUGACAAGUUCAUCACUGUCAGUGCUGAAUCCAUUAGCUUGACUCAAAAUCCAUUAGCUUGACUCGAAAAACUCAACAAUUUCAACUUUGGCAUAACUCUGGUUGUUGUUUAUAGUCGAUAUGAAACUGUACAUCACCAUGAGUCUCUGACUUUGUUUCCAUAUUAUACCGAGGGAUGAAGAAAUGUUAACAUUCUAGGUCAAGGGUAAUUUUCAUAACAAAAAAUAACAAGUUAAUAAUAACUGAAACAUAACAACACAUUUUAAAAUAUAAAUUUUUAAUUAUAGGGCUUAAACUUUUUAUUUUAUCGGAAGACAACAUCCCGUGAGAUUUUAGAAUGAUACCGUUCACCAUAUAGGCCUAUCAAUUCAAACAUUAAUGCGAAAUAAUUUACAGGAAAAUAGUUGAUAUGCCAGAUUAUGUGAAAGGAAUGAAAGAAAGGGAAAGAAACUGAAAUAAUCUACAAGUCUUGAAAUAUUUAAAUGUCAUUAUGGUAUCGGUAAUUAGAAUUUUGACUGCAAGUUUUUAAUUUCCUGAAUCAUGUUUAUUCUGGCCUGUGCUUCAAACUCUUGCCUCAUUUCUUCUGAGCUGUAAAGUGAUGGAGAGUUCAGUAGAGUUUGUAAGAUCUGAAGUACACGAAUAUACAUCAACGUAUAUAAUUAGAAGAAAAAUAUUCUUAUCAAACUAAAUUAGGCAUUAAUUUAACCCACACUCCCUAAAAUGUAUUGUAUCAUAGUUAGCAGCAUUAAAAAAUGUUAUUUAAUGUUAUUACUCCAUUGGCUUCAUUUGAAGGUGGUGAAAUUAUUUCAUUUGAAUACAGAUAAGAACAUACAUUUCAGUAGGCAUCCUGUUUUUUGCUGUCAGCCUGAACUUUUCUUCAGAUCAUUACUCUUAAUUUAAUGGAUAAGUUACACAAAACGCUGGGGG